UGCUCUGCUCCUCACAACCGCUGCACGCGCUGGGACACCCCGAGAAACACACACAUACACACACACACACACACACACACACAAACACACAACACAGUAUCAUCACACACACUCACACACCUCCUGGAGCUCCUGCUGAACCGGAGGAGGAGGAACGAGGGAGGAAGAAUUUGGCCUGAAGUCCUGCAGACGCCUUGGAACUGCUGGUGGAGGAAUAAAGCCGACCCGCCGGUUCGUCUAACAGCUGUUUUGAAUGCGACCGCGGCAGUAAAAAGCGGUCUGGUCUGUGCUGCGCUGCAGGGAUGAGGUGGUGGCUGGUGGCGGCCACGGUGUGGCUGCUGGUGGUCCUGACCGCCCCGGACGUCCAGGCCCGGGACAGACCUCAGGGCCAGCGAGGAGAAAACCGCAGAGGCAAGAAGAAGCGCAACGGUCAGGCUCUCGGGCGAGCCAGAGCGGGGCGCUCUCGACCUCUGAAGAUCAGGCUGUUCCCUGGUCCGAGCAUCUCACAGGCAGCAGAGAGCCACGGAAACAACCUGCUCCUGAAAACAUACAAAAACCUUCAAGAACUGCAGCCCAGCUACAAUGUUAUCCCAGGUAAGCGGGGCCAGUGUGUGUACCAGGGCCUGGCCAUGUUCGACCAGGCCGUCUGGUCUCCGAAGCCCUGCGUGACUUGUCUGUGCACGGAGGGGCGGGUGGUUUGUGACGAGAUCACGUGUCCCGACACGCACUGCCUGUUCCCCUUCACCCCCGUGGGAGAGUGCUGCCCCGUCUGCAUGGAGCCAGACCCCGACUUCAGCCUUGACCUCUCUGGUGACUCCCCAGUUCCCAAUGACCCAAAUGACCCCGUGACCCCGCUGACCCCUGAGGAGAUACAGAGAAUCCUGUGGCGGGAGGAGGAGGAGCACCGCGAGGAGGAGGAGCGCCUGAGGAAGAAGGACGAAGCCAGGAAGAAGAGGAGGAAGCAGAGGAAGGAGCAAGAGGAGAGACAGAGGAAAAUAGUGGAGGAGAAGAGGAGGCAGGAGGAGGAGGCUCUGAGGAGGCAGGCGGAGAGGGAGGAGGAAGAAUGGAGGAGGCAAAUCGAGGAGGAGCAAAGAAGGAGACGAGAGGAGGAGGAAGACAGGAAGCAAAAGGAGGCUGCGGAGAAGGAGGCGAGAGAGAGAGAAAAGAAGCUGGAGGAGGAAAGGAGGAGGCAGGAGCUGAUGCUGAGGGAGGAGCUGCUGGCUCUGGCGGAGCAGGAGGAGGGCGAGCAGCAGGAGGAAGAAGAGGAGGUGUGGCUCAGAGGAGAUGUGUUUCAGAUGCCCUCAAAAGAACCCGAGGAGCCCGAGGAGCCAGACCUCCCCCCUCCUCCAAUCCCAAUGCCUCCCGCUGCGACGGACGAGCUGAAGGAGGCGGAACCAGAGGAGCUGGAGGAGGAGGAGGAGGAGGAGGAAGACGACGUACCGAACAGAGCGGGCCUUCCUCCGGGCUGCGACAUCUCUGAUGUUAUUGUGACAUGUGAGAACGCCAAACUCACUUAUUUCCCUGCUCUGAACAUCCCUGAGCUCAAAUCUCUCAGUCUGGAGGGAAACAGCAUCAGCAGCAUCCCAGCAGAGGCCUUUAAUGGGAUCCCUAAUGUGGAAUGGGUCAACCUGAAGAAAAAUAAACUCACGUCUGCUGGCGUUGAUGCUAAAGCCUUCAAAGGUUUGAAGAUGCUAAAACGUCUGUACCUGGACGGGAACCUUCUAGAUGUUGUGCCUGCGGCCCUCCCGCCGACCCUCCAGGAGCUGAAGAUCAGCGAGAACGAACUGGGAAAGAUUGAUGAAAACAGCUUCCAAGAUCUGAGCAACCUGGUUAUUCUGGAACUGGAAGGAAAUCUGCUGAGUGAGGGAAACGUAGACCCUCGAGCAUUCGCUCCAUUAAUCCAGCUCUCCUACCUCAGACUGGGGAGAAACCACUUCCGCACCGUACCACAGGGGCUCCCCAGGUCACUGCUGGAGCUGCAUCUCGAGAACAACCUGAUUGAAGAAAUCUCAGAGGCCGUUUUUAAUCAGACAGUUAACCUGAAUGUUGUUUCUCUGAGACACAACAAGCUGGAUGAGAGCAGGAUUGCCCCUUUGGCCUGGAUCAACCACAGGAAUCUGGAGUCCAUCGACCUUUCGCAUAAUGAACUGUACCUGGUUCCCUCCUACCUGCCCAGAUCGCUCGUCCACCUCGUGCUGGUGGGAAACAACAUUGAAAGGAUACCUGGUUACGUCUUUGCCCACAUGGACCCUGGUUUAGAGUAUCUCUACCUGUCCUACAACAAACUGGACGGGGAGGGAAUCGAACCCGAGUCCUUCUUUGGCUCAUACCACUCCAUGGUGGAAUUGUGUCUGGACCACAACCAGCUUGUCGUCGUGCCUUCCGGCAUCAAUGAGAUGACCAACCUACACUUCCUCCGACUGAACAACAACAGGAUCAGGAGUAUACCUGAUGAAAGUAUCUGUGACCCCAGCCACAGCGGGGACUCCACUCUGGUCGCCCUGAGGAUGGAAAAUAACUACAUCGAUCCCGGGAAGGUCUCGCCGUACGCCUUCUCAUGUGUGCGCUCUUCCUCCAGCGUGGUCAUAAAACCCCAGAAAACUGAAGCCGUGAGAUCCAGAAACUAAACACACUCUUGUUUAAAGCCUCAAAUAGGACAAACAGGGUAGACGUUUUCAAAUUUAUCUUCUGCCAAAAUUACGUUCCCAUUGCCAUCAUACGUUAUUACGUUGCUUUACGAAAUUGCUCAUAAAAAAAUUUAACUAUAAAUUGCUAUAGAAAAAAAAAAAAUCUUGUUUAACAUAUGACGUACAGGUAGAACCUGAAAUAAAGAACUGUUCAAACAGCUGAUGUAAUGUGCCGUAUGGGAAAAGUGUUGCCCCGUGUUGAAUUCAAUCCUCAAAGCUAUGAGUAAUAUUUUCUUCUUCUUUGCUCCUCAAACAUCGUUUAGAGUCUGGUCGGUCUGCCCUGUCAGCCGGCCCUCCUCAGAGCGGGACGGUGACAGGGCUCCUUAAAAAAAAAAAAACCUCACAAUCAAACACAUCUGUCUGCUGCAGAGAAACUCUGUUUAAUGGAAAGAAUUCCCACACCGUA